CUAGGCACACCCCUUUAACCCACUAUUGUCUAGCCGAGCCUGGCAGGCGGUGUAUGGUUGGUUGGUUUGUGGUUGUGUUGGAAGUCUCGCUCGCUUGUCAAUAUCACGCAAAACGAAUGCAUUAAUGCUAAGAGAUGGGAAUCUUGCAGUCAUGCUUCCACGACGAACUGCUGUAGCGCUGCUCGCCCUGUGUGGAUUAAUAGCGGUCGGCGAUGCUCUUAAGUGUAAUUGCACGGCUUGUGAGAACACCGGUUAUGUGUGCGAGACUGAUGGGGCCUGCAUGACCUCUACAUACUACAUCAAUGGUCAGGAGGAGCAGCAAGUACGGAUCUGCAUCCCCAGUGUCAACCUGGUUCCACCUGGACAGCCCAUCUACUGCCUGAGUGCCGAAGGCCUGCUCAACACGCACUGCUGCUACACAGACUUCUGCAACAGCAUCAACCUCCAGAUUCCCAGCGGUAGGAGUACAGGGAUUCCUGUAGGUAAAGAGGGCAGUUGGGGUCCAGUAGAGCUGGUGGCAGUGAUAGCAGGCCCGGUCUUCCUCUUUUGCUUGUUGCUUAUCGUGGGAUUGCUCGUUUUCCAGUACCACCAACGGAACUAUAACCACCGGCAGCGACUCGAAGUUGAGGAUCCGUCCUGUGAUCAUCUGUACUUGGCCAAAGACAAGACCUUACAGGAUCUCAUCUUUGAUCUGUCCACCUCUGGUUCAGGAUCUGGUCUGCCCUUGUUUGUUCAGAGGACAGUGGCCAGGACAAUUGUAUUGCAGGAGAUCAUAGGUAAAGGUCGCUUUGGGGAAGUAUGGAGGGGGAGAUGGAGAGGAGGGGAUGUGGCUGUGAAGAUCUUCUCAUCCAGAGAGGAGCGCUCCUGGUUCCGUGAGGCUGAGAUUUACCAGACCAUCAUGCUCCGUCAUGAGAACAUCUUGGGAUUCAUUGCUGCUGAUAAUAAAGACAAUGGCACAUGGACACAGCUGUGGCUGGUGUCAGACUACCAUGAACAUGGCUCAUUAUUUGACUAUCUCAACCACUACUCCGUCACAAUCGAGGGGAUGAUUAAGUUAUCACUUUCAGCAGCCAGCGGCCUGGCACAUCUGCACAUGGAGAUCCUGGGAACGCAAGGGAAACCAGGCAUUGCACAUCGUGACCUGAAAUCUAAAAACAUCCUGGUGAAAAAGAACGGUACUUGUGCCAUAGCAGAUCUGGGGCUCGCUGUACGGCACGAGUCCAUCACUGAUACUAUAGACAUCGCCCCCAAUCAGAGGGUUGGCACUAAGAGAUAUAUGGCCCCAGAAGUACUAGAUGAAACGAUCAACAUGAAGCAUUUUGAUUCUUUUAAGUGUGCUGAUAUCUACGCUUUGGGACUGGUAUACUGGGAGAUUGCACGACGGUGUAAUGCUGGAGGCAUCCAUGAAGAUUACCAGCUUCCCUACUAUGAUUUGGUGCCCUCGGAUCCCUCCAUAGAAGAGAUGAGGAAGGUGGUUUGUGACCAGAGACUACGGCCCAAUGUGCCCAACUGGUGGCAGAGCUACGAGGCGCUGAGAGUGAUGGGGAAGAUCAUGCGGGAGUGUUGGUAUGCCAACGGAGCGGCGCGGCUUACGGCUCUGCGGAUUAAGAAGACUCUCUCGCAACUCAGCGUCCAAGAAGACAUUAAGAUCUGAAACACGUGGGACGCUGCAGAUCCCCGCAGAGACGCACAAGCGAAUAAAGACUUAAGCCAAAAGCAGCCUGCCAGUUUUAGCCCUGUUUUGAACCUUCUAAAGUUGUGACGAGGCCUACCUCACCAUCUUAGACGAAACUACUGAGUGUGAGUCCAUCCCAGCCCUUUUCCAUUUCUCCAACAUCAACGUUCCCAAUCAUGGAUGAGCCUCCAAUCGCUGAUAUCAGCACAACCUCCCUCCAUGGACCUAUUGUUGUUGAAUUGUUUUUGUUUUUUGGCAGGAAUGACAAUUGAACUGUGACAGGCAUUUUGAUUUUAUCAUUUUUAUUUCACCACUUUUGUCCAAAAUGGACAUUUUAAAAGAAUGUUUUAGAUUUAAUUUUUUGUUCAUCUUCGUUCACUAAUACACCAUAUGUCAUAUUCCAGCAUCAAUCUACGAUUAUAUAUAGUGCUCUACUGCUGUUGUGAGAAUGUGAAAAAACGUGGAUAACACUGUCUCCUGUUAUGACUAGCAAUUCAUGUACAAAAAUAAGUGUAGCAAAGCGGACAGACCAUGACUGUGUGACGAAGUGGCACUGCAGUUCUUUGUUCCUGUGGAAGAAAUGAAGAACUGCAGAUCAUUUACUCCGGUAAAAAUCAGCCUGCUUAUUUAUCUUUCUUCAGGCUGUUUGUUAAAAUCCAUCAGUGUGGUUUUGGGUUCGAAUGCUUUUAAAUGUUCACAGGGAGUGCGUGCGUGUGUGUGCAUGUGUUUGUUUUAUUUAACUGUUUUCAGGUUCUUAAAAUCAGUGUUGUGAUAGCUGAAUGCAUUGUAGGACGAUUGCUCAUGUUUAGUUCUGUUAUCUGACAGCAUUCUGAGAAAAUGAGCAAUUUUUGUCAUAAGGAAAGUCAUUACCACUUGUAUGCUUUUUAAAAUUCAACUUAUUUUAAUGGGAUUGUUUAGUAUGUUGUAUUCCUAUUAUUCCGGGAUGUUGGCAUGUUGAACUGCACUGUUGUUAUUUGUUUGCAGUCAGUGUCCUAUUGGGGAUUUAGUAGUUAGUAUCACUUCAGAAAACACACAUGUAAAGUACUGAAGUAAAAUAAUGCAUCUCUCUAUUUGCCUGCAUUGUAACAUUUAUAUUGCUCUGCUUUGCCUUGCAUUGAAGAGUUGUCAUUUAGUUUAAUUUAAAAAUACUACUGAAUAUUUCCUUCAUAUUUACAUUUGGGGUUUGCCAAGACCACGGCGACAUUGCAUCACUAGCACUAGAAUACCAGCUUCACUCCUUAAUCCAUCCUUUAUUAACUCGAACCACAGUCAAAAACCUACAGAUGUUCUGAAUGGUUAACUGGAAUCUAUGGGAUAUGUAUAAUAGUAGGUGUGAGAAAUGGCUAGAUUAGUUUUGGCAUUAAUGCUUGUAGAUGUGAACAAGGGUCCUGUAUGAUGUGUAACAUCUUUUGCAGGCUCCAUUACAGUCCAUUUCUGAUUGACCUAUGCAUUUCAUACUUUAAAGGUCAUUCUAUGAAUCUGCUCUGCGUAGCUGGAAAAUGUUUAAUGACGGUAGCAUGAUUCAGUCGAGUUGUGACGUCGAGAAUGCCUAAAUAAUUAUGACUGACUUUUGUUAUACCAUGGUGCUCUACAUUAUACACUGGGAAUUCUGUCCUUAGAAAUGUAAAGGCUUAUUUUGUUCCACUAUUUAUAUUGUGCUUAUUUUUUUCUCACAACUUGGAUUUUGCAGUUGUUUGUAAAACAUGUACUUUAACUUGUACUUAAGACUUGAGGAAAGGCAUUUGGAUGAUUCUGAAUGACACUCGUUUCAGAUUGUAGUUACUGCCGCUUUGUGGAGGCAGUUUAGUCUAACUUCCCUGACAUGUUUGUCCAUUUUAGUCUUGAUAAGAGUUCAGACUAGGUAGACAAUGCUUUUGGUCAGCUGCAUAUGAGUUCUAAGUUUCCAUGUGUAUAUUAAACAUGUUGGAAAAAAAAAAAAAAAAUCCACUUGUGGGUUAGUUAAUAUAAUGUACAUAAACGAUAUACAGUAAUAAAUCCUUUUUCUUA